UGGAUGGUAUGACAUGUUUGACGAGAUAGAGGGCUGAAGGACAGGUUGGGAAAUAGGUAGGAGGCUGAGUGUUGGAGAGAUGUGUAUAUAAGUACCGAUUCUACACUUCCUCCUGAAACCCUCAAAUUCAGAACACUCGGAAAAUCCGUUACAAUGCAGCUCCUCACUAUCACCCUCGCGAGUCUCCUCUCCUUCUCUUUCGCGGCUCCGGUUGCAAGCCCAAAACCCUGGCCUGCUGACCCCAACAUCGUCAAGCCAACCACCAUCUCCCAAUACGAAGUCAGCAAAGGUGCCAUCCACUUCAAUACUCCGCGAGGCAAAGUCCUCAAGACUGGCAACGGCCAAGACUGGACAACACUCAUCACCUUCGACAUGCCCGCUGCCACUGCGGGUAAGACCUGCGAGCUCCAUUUCAUCCUCGAGUCCGCAGCAACGCUUUCUGGCUCUGGACUUCUUGACGUGUUCACCAGUCUCGCGGCAGCACCAGGAGAGAGGACUUCCUGGGGACCGGGCAACCAGAGAAACAACCAUGUUGCGAGGGUAAAGGUUGCGCAAGGUGGCGAUGCAACGUACCAGACGGGCUAUCCACAGGUUGUGAAGAGCUUUGCCUGCCCGUCUGGGAAGUGGCCGAUUGAGGUCGUGGGUGUUUAUGAUAGGGAUGAUGUGCAGUGGGAUGGAAGUAUUUCGGGGGCCUACCUGAAGUAUUAAACAGGAAAUGAAAGGAGCAGGGAGAUCCAUUUGGGGUAACGUCUGAAGGGUAUUUUUAUUUCUGUUUGUACAUAUUUGAAAAGGGGGUCGAGAUUCUAAGUGAAGGGUAAAUUGUAGAGGCGUAUGGAUGACUUAUAAUGAAUGAAAACUAG